AUGGCGGACGAGAAGACUCCCCAGCCCGUCGAGGGCUCCAUCCAGUCCAAGAGUGUCGACCUGGACCAGCUGCCGACGGGAUACUACCGCAGCCCCAACUUCAUCGGCUCGGUGGUUGCCGUUUGUUUGAUGGCCAUCAGUCUGUACCUGGGAUAUGUCUUGCCAGUCAACAGCUUGACUGCGAUCAACCAAGAUCUCGGGCCGGACCCCAACUAUAGCAUGAUCUCAACGGUCUUUACGUUAAUCUCCGGAGUGGGAUUGCUGCUGGUCGGCCGUCUGGGCGAUAUCUUCGGUCGUCGGUACAUCCUUAUCGGCGGCCAGCUGCUGGGACUUGUUGGGGCGAUUGUAUGCGCGACCGCAAAGAAUGUCCCGACCGUGAUCGGCGGAAGUGUGCUGUGCGGUCUGGCUGCUGCAGUGCAGUUGACCUUCACCUUUGUGAUUGCUGAGCUGGUACCCAACCGGGCUCGUCCUGCGGUCAACGCCAGCAUCUUCAUCACCACCCUCCCCUUUUCCGCCUUCGGAUCCAUCAUUGCCAGCGACUUCGUCGCUCAUACCGCCGCCUCGUGGCGCUGGACGUAUUACCUGAACAUGAUCACCUGUGGCCUGUCGAUCAUCCUGCUGGUGCUCUUCUACUUCCCCCCUGGUUGGGAUCAGAAGCGCGGCGGGCAGAGCCGCCUCGACGGUCUGAAGAAGUUCGACUGGAUCGGGUUCGUGCUCUACGCCGCCGGUGUUGUUCUGGUGCUGUUGGGACUCUCUGACGAGAAGAUAGCCUGGGGUGGUACCUCGUAUGCGUGGUCCUCUGCCCACGUCGUUGCCGUGCUGGUCGUCGGCUUCGUGUCGAUCAUCGUCUUUGUUCUCUACGAAAUCUACGCACCCCUGGAGCAGCCCCUGCUCCCCAUGUCGCUGCUGCGCAACCCCGGCUACGCGGCGACGGUGUGUUCUGCCCUGGUCGGCAACAUGGUCUACUUCUCCAUGAGUCUUUUGUGGCCCGAGGCCGUCCUCUACCUCUUCACCACCAACACCAUCAAAGCCGGCUGGCUUUCCAUCACCACCGGAGUCGGCGUCAUCGUCGGUGAAAUCGCCGCCGGGAUUCUCAUGAAGCCCCUCGGCUUCACCAAGUACCAGCUCAUCGCGUCCACCGUGAUCAUCACUGCGUUCUCCGGUGCCCUGGCGGCAAUCAACCAGCACCACCAGGCCUACGGUAUUGCUUUCACCGCAAUCGGCGGCUUCGCAGUCGGCUACCUCGAGCUGAUCACCCUGAUCAUGUGUCCCCUAUACUGCAAACCGGAGGACAUUGGUCUAGCCAGCGGCUUCCUCGGCUCCGCCAAGCAGAUCUUCGGCACUAUCGCCACGGCCAUCUACGUCGCCAUCCUCCAGAACCGGAUCACCGCCAACCUACCCACGACCGUCACGCACGCCGCCACCAAGGCCGGCCUCCCCUCGUCCUCCCUCACCGACCUUCUCGAGGCCGUCGCCGCCGGCACCAGCGCCGCCCUGGAGGCCGUGCCCGGCAUGACGACCAAGAUCCUCGCCGCGGUCGCGGACGCGGAGAAGACGGCGUACGCGAUGUCGUUCCGCACGGUCUUCUGCGUGAGCAUUGCGUUCGGUGGUUUGUCGAUCAUCGCGUCGCUGUUCUCCCGGGAGGUGGACACGAGGUUGGAUGGGGGGGUUGCGGCUAAGUUGCAGGGAAAGGGGGAGGGUCAGUCGCCGUCGCAUCAGGAUUGGGAGACAAAGGGGGUGGCGGAUGAGGAGGCGCGUUAA